AUGGACGGCUUGGCAACUUUACCACCAGCUGGUGCUUCUGCACCCUUACGUGCAGCGUCCCAGACAUUUGCAACGGCCCCCCAACCUAUUCAUAACAGCAGCAACAACGCACAACAGCUACCGCAAUUACAGCAACAACAAUUGCAAUCCGUUGUGCCACCCAAAGACGCCUCGGUUUCACAACAUCCACAAACGCAACCUCAAUCACACCCCUCAAAGUGCAUCAGCACUGUAUCCCCAAUUUGCCCUGCAGCAUCAGAUCCCGCGCAAGGCGAAAACAGCCUCUCGUCAUCGCCACGCCAAUUUCCGACCGAGCUUACUAGCUCUAUCCUUGAAGAGGAAGACGAGUCUGAGAGCGACACGCCAAACGAGCCUGUUACUCCAGUCAGCGGCCGUCAGUCCCAAGAUUUCCACACUUUACAAAACCACGACACACAUCCCACGUCGCUCUCCUCAGCCGAACAUUCGACUGGAGCCUUUUCUUCAUUGCAAAACGACGCCCCCCCAACCAACAAGACUCAGUUGAUUCUCGGCACGUCUGCAACUCAAGCACGCCCCGAACCAGCACCGUCAGAACAGUCGCCGACUUCGACGAAAACCGUCAAAUCCGCCACUGCAUCCAGCGAGACCGACGCGACCACAGCAGCACCCAAAAGCAUACCCGCUCCCGUAAACACAGCCAGCGCCGCCGCCAACACCGACCAGCCAUUACCCUCAGCCACCCCACCGGCCCACUCGAGGAAGAACUCCCGUAACCCCCUCCGGCGUAUGAGCCAGGCCUUCCGACGCUCCAACUCUCAAAUCGAAAGGCCCAACAUCGAGCAGCCGGAAGCGGCCAGCACCAGCUCGGAGUUUGCGAUAUCCGAUGGGCCGGCGAAGCCUCCGCAACCAAACCGCAGGUGGUCAAUAAGGAGGGAAAGCACUUCUCUAGCUACGACCCGUUCAAACAGCCCCCCUUCCCCGCCAAUCAACAUGUUUGCACACAGCGACCGCGCCGCGACGUCGUUAAUGCCGAGCCCGUCGCAUGAGCACGUCGAUUUUGGUGUCAUCAAGAAGAAGGUCCGCUCCUCUACGGGGCUAGGCGGCCUGGGCCGUAAAGCCGCUCAGUUCGUCACUUCGGGUGGUAGGACCAGCCAAGCACACCAACCCAAUGGCGAUGCCAAGCCUACCCAGCGCGUCAAGCCCCAGAGGCGGGCUAGCAGCUUUGACCUCAAGAAGGCUCAGGCAGAACAGACACAGCGCGGUCAAAAUGGAGACAUGGAGAACCUCGAAGAACUCACUCGUCAGCCGUGGGGUAUGCCAGCCAUGUCUGGCGUGGGUCUGAAGGCGCGGCGGUUGAGUGUGAGCUUGCCCGACGACUUCACCGUCGACGUGGCGGAUCUACUGGCUGAGUUUGAAUACUACCACAAGGUUCUCGGCCGUCACGGCAGGCAUCUCGGUAAAGGUGCCACUUCCAAGGUGACGCUGAUGCAGCGCAAAAACUGCCCGGGGGAACUCUAUGCUGUCAAGGAGUUCCGCCCCAAGUCGUCGACCGAAACCAAGGACGAGUAUGAGCAGAAGAUCAAGUCCGAGUUCAGCAUAGCCAAAAGUCUGCACCAUCCCAACAUUGUUGAGUCCAUCAGGCUUUGCACCGACCAUGGCCGCUGGAACCACGUGAUGGAGUACUGCUCCGAGGGCGAUUUGUACAGCCUGGUGGAGAAGAAGUACCUGCUUGAGGAGUCGCGAAAAUCGGACCGCCUCUGCCUCUUCAAGCAGCUCGUCCAGGGCAUCAACUACCUACAUACUAACGGCAUCGCCCAUCGCGAUAUCAAGCUUGAGAACUUGCUCAUCACAAAGGACAGUAAGCUCAAGAUUACCGACUUUGGCGUCUCAGACGUUUUCACCGGCACGCAUCCGGGUCUCAGGGAGUCCGGAGGCCAGUGCGGCAUCAAUAUGGGCGAGGUCAGGCUCUGUGACCCUGGCAUCUGUGGAAGUCUUCCCUACAUCUCGCCUGAGGUCUUGACUAGGGGCGUCAGGUACGACCCGCGGGCUCUGGACGUCUGGGGCGCGGGUGUGAUUGCUAUAAACCUGUUUUUCGGCGCACCUCUUUGGAAGGAGGCCCGCGACGAUGGUGCCAAUCCGCAGUACACGCAGCUUGUGCGGGCGUGGACGCGGUGGGAGAAGAAGCACGGCAACGACAUGCUGGGCGAGGGCGAGGAGGGCAUCCCGGCUAUCUGCGACGGAGACCAGCCAUACACGGCUGCGUUUGAUAUGGGCAUCAAGCCACCUGCGCUCCGCAGGUUGGUCUUUGGAAUGCUGCACCCGAACCCGGCCAGGCGUAUCAGCAUCUCGCAGGUGCUCAACAACCGGUGGAUGAAGACUGUCGAGUGUUGCCAAUUCGAAUCAUACGACGAGCCGUCGACUAAGAUCGACGCGAGCAAGAAAGAAUGCUUCACCAACAAGAAGAUUUUCUGCCACAACCACUUGCCGCCGGUAGCCUCGGGGAACCACUCGCUAGGCAAGAUGCCGGGCCAGGCCGGGUACUAA